AUGAAGAAGUUUUUCAGUUUCGGGAAGGGGAGGAAGCGGGGUCUGUCCCCCAGCGGCUCGGAUACCGGCAGCGUCCUCUCCGCCGGGUAUGAGCUGCAGGAUAAGGACCUGGGCAAACUGCACCGCGCUGCCCUCACCGGGGAGCUGGCCAAGAUCAAACAACUGCUGAAAAAACAUGACAUCAACCAGCAGGAUAAGGCGAACAGAACACCUUUACACCUUGCUUGUGCUAAUGGACAAUCCGACGCGGUUACUUUGUUAGUGGAAAGCAACGCAAAAGUGAAUCUUUGUGACACUGACAAUAGAUCCCCUUUAAUGAAGGCUAUCCAGUGUCAGCAGGAAAGCUGUGCAUCCAUCUUAUUGGGGCAUGAUGCGGAUCCCAACGUUGUAGAUAACAACGGCAAUGCUGCUCUUCACUUUGCUGCUCGUAUUCCUUCAAUAUCAAUUGCGUCCCAGCUGCUUGAACAUGGAGCAGACAUUAAUGCUCCAACGAAGGAAGGAUGCACUCCACUUAUGCUCGCAGUCAUUGAAAACAAUGAGGAAAUGGUGGAGUUUCUUAUUAAAGAAGGGGCCAACGUAAAUUCCAAGGAUGUAAAUGAAAGAACACCCCUCAUGUUUGCUGCCAGUAACGGACACAAUGAAUUAGUGAAAAUUCUGCUCCACAAUGAUACCGAUAUCUCCACACAAGAUGAAAAAGGUUGGACGGCUGAUGAUCAUGCUGUAAUGAACGGGCAUCACGCUUGCUCACAUUUAAUUAUUGAACAUAGUUCAAGAAAAAAGUCAUCUGACCCGUAUGAAGGUGGUAAGAAAAAGAAAGGAGCGUCUGUGUUCAGCAAUUCCAGUAAAGGAGUGGAAGGUGUAUUCACUUUGGGCAGCCCUGCCACAGACAAGCAAGAAUUACAACAGACUCCCCAGCAGACCUCAGCCGCGAGAGAUUCAGGGAAAGUGACUGAUGAUUUUUCUCAAGUGGACUCUGAAAGAAGUACCUCACAAAGGUCUGCUGCCGCUGAUUCUUGGCCUUCAUCUGAUGAUGAUUUUGAUUUUAGCCCACAGAAAGCGCCAAAACCUAAUCUGAAAAAACUAUUCCACACCAAGACAAAUGUUAACCAAAAAGAUAGUAUUACCUCCGCACAACCCGUAGCCUUCUCUCUGCAAAAUAAAUCCAAUAGUGAAGACGAGUCGUUUCGUGCUAGUGACGAUGAAGAUCCACCCCAGCCUAGACAUUUUCCCCAAGCUAUUUCCUUCCCUCGUCCUGUGCAAUUUACACCUGGCUCCUUUGCAAAGCUUUCCCAGAUGCCUUCUUCCCUCUUUUCUCUUAAUAAGGUAAAAUCAGAUGAUAUGUGUGGAGAUAUUAAAAAGGGAGCCUCCAAAUCCCAUUCAUGUUUCAACAAGCCUGAUCAACAAGCCUGUUCGAAUACAAAGCCCAUCUCAAAUGUCAAAGAUGCUGAGCCUUGCUCUGUCAGUCAAAGGGAGAAUAAGGAUGAUGGUGGUGAUCAGGCGAGUGAUCAAAAUGAGGAGGAUAAUGUUGGUCAAGAUGUAUCUGAAAAUGUUGAAGAAAGUCAAGAUGAGGACAAUGCAUCUGAAAAGGAAGCAGGUUUGUCUGAUGAGGAGGAAGAAGGUGGUAUGUCUGGUGAAGAUGAAGACGGUGGGAUAUCUGGUGAAGAUGAAGAAGGUGGUAUGUCUGGUGAAGAUGAGGAAGACGGAUCUGGUGAAGAUGAAGAAGGUGGUAUGUCUGGUGAAGAAGAUGUAGCACAAGUAUCUUCAAGUGAAGAAGGUAUAGAACAAGUGUCUUCAAAUGAAGAAGAUAAAUAUAGAAAGGAUGUGAAAUGCAAAGAUGAAAUGGAAAAUGGUGAAUCUGAUAAUGACAAUGGACAAAAAACUGAAGACUUUGUUCUUCAAGGAAAAGCAGGCAGUGAAAAAGAGCAGGAUAAGUUAGACAGUGCAUUUGUUGCUUCAAAUAGCAUUAAGCAAAAUGAGGAUAAUAACAAGUCUGUAUGUUUUACAGAUGAAAUUCAGGGAAUCCUGUCUCACUCUUUCCAAGAUACAAAAGCUAUUUCAGACUGCAGUGAUGUUCCCGUUUCACUAAUAAUAGGAUUUUAUGAGAUUCCUGAUGUAAAUACAGUGGAUGGUGUGGGAAGCGAUGUAACUUCAUUAACAUCUGGUUUAAAAUCUCAGGGUCACGCAAGAGAUCACAGAGAAAUGAACGAACAAACUCUUCAAGACUGUAAACAAAAGACCAGCCUUAUGUGUCGCACUGGAAGCGAGACUAUAGAACGUGACAGUAAUUCACCAGACAAACCAUUCAGUAAGACACAAAAUAACAAGGAGUCCGUUAAAAAUGGUCAGGUAGAGUCAAGUUUGAAAGGUGAAGAUGCUACAAGUUUUCAAAGUGCACAUUCUUGGGGUGUAAGCAGUGAACAUGAUGAUCCAUCUGAUGAUGAGGGUGAUGAUAAAGAAUGUAGUGAGUUUGAAGACCAUAUAGAAGAAGGUGCAGUUAAAGCAGACCUAGCCAGCUCCCUUACAGAAGAUAAAUUACAAGGUGCUGCAGAUCCUGUUGGAAGGAAAGUAACGCUAAUGUCUGAACUGGGACUAGAAGAGGAUGAUGUGGAAUCUCCUUGGGAUUCGGAGGCCUCUUUGGAGAGCCCCAGAAAACAGUCUAGUAGCAAGUUAGCUCACACAUCAAAUGAAGAUCUGUAUUACAGCCCUUCUUUUCUAAGUCCAUCAAGGAACUGUAAGAUGCCAACUCAUGACGUAUGGCAGUCUUUUGGCCAAAGUGAGUUGUCCAAGAAGAGUACAGAUGUGGAAAUAAACAAGAAGCAGACCGUCAGCAUUAUUUUACCCGCAAAGGAUGUCUCUCCGAAGUACCCGUAUGUUAAAGCAAGUGAAAGUAAUGUCAAGUCAGAUUUAAUGGCAGACUUGGGGCUAGAUGAUGCUGAUGAUAUAGAAGAUGUAUCUGACUGGGAUUCAACCAGCCAUUCCCCAAAAUACACCACCACUACUACGGCACACAAGACUGAAAGGCUGACGCAAGACCUCCCUCUAGAGGCUAAACCUAGAACUACGGCACCAGAGCCCAUGACUGUGGACCUGUCUUCUAGUUUGCCCCCUGUACCACAAGAAGAAGAAGAAGAGGAUGAUGAUGAUGAUGAAGAUGAUUUUGAUGAAAAGCACGUCCAGUCUGUCUUGAAAGAAAAUGUACUAAACUCCUCCAAGAGGGAUUUUGAACAAAUGGGAGAAAACAAUGACUCUUUAAAGAAAACCGUGCUAACCCAAGUAAAUCCCAGUGCAGUGGUUGAGGACAUGUUAAAGGUAGCCAACUUGACAGUCGGCAAUGAAGUCAGCAGUCAUGUUCAAAACAAAGUGACUUCACAGCAGCCAUGUGAACCAAAGAUGGUGCAAAGUGUCGACUACAAUCUGGAGUCGUCGUCGUCCGACUCAGAGCCGCCAUGGGAGGAGAGAUAUGAAAAACUGUGGGUUGACCGUGAGAAGAAGGAAGUGAAAACACAUUUCAAAGAGGUAGCAGCAGAACUGAAGCACAAGUUUGGAGAAAUUACUGAAACUAAGAAAAAAGAGACAAUCUCAAUUUUAGAUAAUCCAAACAAUGGCAAAAAUGAAAUGCACAAUAUGGAUAUAGAAAAUACUGCUACGUUAAGUUCAUCACAAGAAAAUGUGUGCCUUGAAAAAGAUAACGCAUUAUUGACAAUGGCAAAAUUACAACCACGGAUGGACCUUAUCCAGUCAAACAGCCAAACUCCCGACUCAACAAAUGACCAAGUGGGUGAAGACUUUCAAAGCAGUGACUCUAUUCUUUUGGGUACAGAUGCAGAAAAAAAUCUUCUGGAAAUUAAGGUGAACUGUGAUCAGUUUCCUGGAACAGAUAAAACAGGUGGUGCUAAACAUUCUGGAAAAAAGGAAAGCAACCUAUUUUUCACAAAUAAAAACGGUGACUUUAAGCUUGACGUUUCUAGCGUGCAGAUAAAGAACUAUUUGCAAGAGUCAUUUCCAUCCACUACUGAAGAAAGAGAGAAGAAUAUAUUGGAGUUUAAUACUGAAAAUAAAGGUUGUAGACUUUUACAGUCUUCAAAACCUGGAUCAACCGAGAAGAAAACAAGUGAAACCCAAACACACGUGAAUUUGCAUCACCCGCAACAAAGUGAGCUUGAUAGUAGCCAACUCCUACAAGUGCCACUUGAGAACACAAGGGCGUCACAGUCAUUCUCUGAAGUUCACCGAAAGCCUCUGGAUAAACAAUUGGAGCAAGAUAUGCAAAGAUUUAAGAAUGAGGUGUAUCAGAAAGAAAAUGAAAAACCUCAAAGUGUGCAAAUGAAACCUGAGGGUGACGAUGCGUGUGACAGUGGCAAGGAGGUGCAAAAGACACCUGUUUCUUCUGAUCUACAAGAUAAACCCAAGCAAAUGGCAAGACAUGGUCAAUUCAAAGGGAAAGAUGCAACUAUGUUAGAUGGAUCUAAAAGAACAAGAAAACCAAUUGGAAUUAAAAUCCCUUUUAAGCAACAGAAAGCCACUACAAAUGGGAAUUUACUGGAUAUAUAUGAUGACAGCACGUUUAGUGAAACAUCGCAGGAAGACAAUGGAAGGGAUGAUAAAUUCUCUAAAGACAAAGAUAAGAUUGACGAUGGAGAUGAAUUUGAUGAACUUUCCCAGUCCUCCGAUACUACAACUGAUGUUACUGAAUCGCCCACGUUCAAAAAUGCAAUGUUAUUGGUCGAGCAGCUGAACGUUGAUGGUCAAGAUUCUCUGAACCUCUUAAAAAUUCAAGAUAUAAUCCGCAAAUAUGAAAGAUCGUUGCAAAAAGAAAACGGACGAUACUCCCUUCUGCUCAGAAAAGUAAAAAAAAUGGAAAGCAACCAUAAGGAUCUGCAGCAGAUAACGGAAAAAAACAGGGAGUUAAAAUCCGUGCUGGAUCACCAAAAAUUGGAAUGGGAAAGUGACCUGAAUCAUUUAAGGUUUAUGCUGAAACAAGAGGAGGAGAAGCGAAAGAGUGCGGAAAUACUGUACGAGAAAAGCCGAGAACAACUGAGAAAGAAGGAGGAUCAAUGCUGCACAGAAAUGGAAGACAAGCAGCAGCUGGAGAUGACCGUGCGAAACAUGGAGCGUGAAUUGCGCAGUUUGAGCAACACCGUGAAACAGGCUGAAGAAGAACGUAACGAAGCUCAGAGGUUGCUGUCACAAGAACGUAAUGCCAGAGUUCUUCAAGAAGACUUCCUAAAUAAUUUGAGGAGGAAGAAUGAAGAAGAAGCAGCAAAAAUAAUAUUGUCAAAAAGUGUUGAGGUCCAUAGCCAACCUUCAGAAACUACAGAGAGAGAGAAAGACUUAUCACAAAGGAAUCAUACACUGCAAGAAGAAAUCACUUUACUUAAGCAAGAACUAGAAAAGGUCCAGUGUCAAAAUGAAGAAGAAAAGCGCCAAUACCUGGAUGAAAAUGAGGUGUUAAAAGAAAAGGUUGAUGACCUUAAAAGAGACCUAAAAAUUAACGAGGAAGCUUUAACUCAGAAUUUAAUUCAGUAUAAUGGACAACUUAAUGCACUGAAAACAGAAGCUACGAUAUUCUGCACUAAGCUCGAGCAUGAAAAACAGGCCAAAGAAAGACUAGAAACCGAACUGGAGUUGUUCCGUUCCCGUCUGAAUUCUACGCAACAGGAUCAGGAAAAAAGUCAGAUGUUAAAAACAGAAGUUGAACGCACCUUUCAAAGGGAACGAGAUGAGUGGAUGCGUUCAAAGGACAAGUUAGACCACGAGUUGUCCAGCAUACGUGAAAACAAUAAAAACUUGUCUCAGCAACUGAGCAGAGCUGAAGCCAAAAGUAAUGAACUGGAAUGUGAUCUUCACCGACGAGGGUUAUCCUUCCAGGAGAAGGUCGUACUUUUAGAAAGUACACAAAGGGAUUUGACUCAAGCUCAAUGCAGAAUAAAGGAACUCGAGAGUACGCUCCAAACUGAGAAAGACCAGAUAAACAAAAAUACUAUAAUACUCGAAUCCAGGCAAGAGAGACUAGCUCAGAUUCAAAGCGAGAACAUGCAGCUUCGGCAGCAGUUAGAAGACAUGCAGAGUAAAGGAAUCUUUAAAGAUAAGUUAGUGACCGAUGCCCAAGACAAGUUUACGGAUAUAUUCAGCAAGCUGCGCGCUGAUACCGAGAGGCAAGUUCACUUGGUGGAAGAAAGAAACAAAGACUUAAUCAAUAAGUCAAAUGAACUGCGAGAGCAAGUCUACCGGCUUGAGACUGAGAAAGUAGAGGGAGAGAGUGCACGGAGGCAGCUGCAGCAGGAACUGGCUGAUGCGUUUAAGAAGUUAUCGAUGUCUGAGGCUUCCCUGGAGGUGAUAACGCGAUAUCGAAAUGACUUGGAAGAAGAGAAGCAGAACCUUCAAAAAGAAGUGGAAAAGUGUAGAAAUAAGCUACAAGAUUUAGAAGAUCAGUUUAUUCAGUCAGAACGACUUAACCACCAAUUAAAGAACUUAUUAGAUGACAAGGAGAGAGAAAUCGUUGUGGCAGUUCAGAAAGCGCAGGAGUUUUCCACCGCAACUGCCGCCGCAGAAAAAUCUGCCAAGCAGCUGGAAGAGCACGUGCAAAAGCUUGAAAUUGAAAAUGCCAAAAUUGAGGCGACUGCAAAGCAUCAAACAACUCAAAUUGAAAUCCUUCAGAGAGAGCUACAGGAAUCCGUUUCAAAUCGGAAUCGCAUGGAAGAUUUAUUAACAGGUUUGCAAUCAUCAAAAAUGGGCUUGGAAGAGAAAUUGAACCAGCAGGUUUCUAAACAGACUGCAUUGUCUAUGAAUGCCCAUGAGUCUCACAGCAUGUGGGAAGAAGAACUCAAGUCCCGAUCCCGAUUAGGCAUUCGCCUGGCAGAGCUCGAUAGAGAAAAGUCAGAUUUGGUUGAACAGGUUGAUCGUGAACGUAAAAAAGUGAAGAAACUGGCAGAAAUGAAGAAAUCUGUUGAAUCGCGGUUUGAUCAGGAAGUGAAGAGAAACAGUGAAUUACACAGAGACUUGACUGGGAUGAAGAAACUUUUGAAAACCACUAAAAAGAAACUGAAAGAAUUUGAAUCCCUUGGCCACCGACAGAGCAGACCUGAAGAUGGAUCCGCACACAAAAGCAUUGAGUCCGAUUCUGAGCGUUCUAGAUUAAAAGAUAAGAUUGAGCAACUUUCCGUCAGUUUGGAAAGAGAAUCGAUGAGAUAUAAGCAGCUGGAAUCAGCAAAUCGUGAUCUGCAGGAACAGUUGUAUUCCAUUAAGCAUUUACAUAGGAAACACGAACGGCAAGAGAAGGGACAGCGGCACCUUGAAGGGGAAGUGGCUGACUUAAAGAGACAUCUGGAGUCAAGCAAAAUGGAUCAGAGCACAAUGGAACACUUCAAAAGGGAAAUAGAAGAGAGAGGGAGGCAAGAGCUACGACAGAAAUUAGAAGAAGUCAAUCUGUUCCUUCAGACCCAAGCUGCAGCCCAGGAUUCCCUAGAGCAAAUAAGAUCUGCAACAGAUGCAUCUCUACGGAGCCAGCUGGAAAGCAGAAUUCAAGAUUUAGAAUCAGAACUCCAUAAAAUUAAAUCCCAACAGAAAGAAAGCGAGUGCCAGAAGGAAUCCUCACUAACAGAACUGGAUCGGUUCAAGGAUUUGUACACAGAAGAGAUGAAACUAAGGAAAGUACUGGCAUCAAAACUAGAAAGAACAAGUGAAAAGCUUGAAGAAGCGAAUACCAAGCUGCUUACUGAAAGGCAAAGAAGCAAAUCACUAAUUGCAAGCAGUAUUGUAAAUGGAAGCCUAGCUACAAGCCCUAUUCUAGACUCAAGUCAGCUUGGACUUCACGGCAGGAAUUUGGCAAUGAAUGGGGGUUUUGGACUUGGAGGAAGUUUUCUAAGUUCGACUGGAAAUGGAUUAACAGUAAACCGAAUAGAUUCCUACCUUGCACAGAUGCACCAUGACCUGGAAAAAAGUAUUGCUAAAGAAUUACAACAAGGUAAUUCAGAACUGGAGACGGGAUACACCAGGGUUCCUCCUGUCGGUUCAACAGCUGCAACUUUUAGAAAUCCGGACACAGAUCUAGACCCAGUAUCUAGAACUGCCCAGCAAUAUCUAGAGGUUCUAAAGAAGAAUUACAUGAUCUAGCCACUAGUGAUAUUUUAUGGACUGUAAAUCGUUUACACUAAAUGGUUAUAUAUUAUAAUGUGAAUAUUGUUGUACCUGGUCUUUGUGAAUAAUAAAUGUUACAUAGCAUUCUUGCACAUUGCACUUGCAGGAAAAUCAGUUACCUUAAGAAACAUGUUGCCUAUAGCCAUGCUAAGUGUUUGGGAUAGAAUAAAUUACAAAACAAUGCAUUCCUAUUAUUAAAUUGAUAAUGAUGCAAGGUUAUUCAGUAAAUGGGGAAUUGUGGAGAAGAGGGAGAUUGUGAAUUGACUAUUUUUCAGCCUAAAGUUUACAUUUCUGCUUUCAAUUCCCCUUAAGUCCCAGUUUGGUGGCAAUUCCUCAAGAUUUGUGGGGUGUUUGGACAAAAGGGUACUUUGAUGUAGUUUUUGUUUACAUCCAAUAAUGCAGGGACAUGUUGAUGUACAUAACCUUUUGUGAAUUUGCAACAUGCAUAUAAGUAAACAUCCUGCCUUUUGGGUAACCUGAUCAAUUUUUUUAUUUUAUUUUGGUUUUUGUCUUUUCAACAUUCCCACAACUGUUCGAUUUCUACGGUACAUUUUAAAUAUUUAUUUUAGCAAAUGAAAAUGCAUGUUCUUGAGGCAUAUUUUACCUGCUAAACUAUUUUUUUUACCAGAUGUAUUUUCUCCACUGUAUUUAGUCCAAAUGUUAUACAUGUAUGUUAAUGUAUUUGUCAUGUUUUCAGUUCCAAAAUAUUUAAUUAGCAAAUGUUUAUUUGAUAAAUCUAUAUCCUGUGACAGUAUUUACAAAAAAAAAUACAAUUCUUAGUGCCAAGAAAGUUUUAGAAUGUAUUUUUAUAAAGUG